GUUUUUCUUGUGAUCUCAUAUGCAGCUAAAGCAUCACACAGCUGUGCACUGACCAUACUAACCAAUAAAACCAAAAGUGAUGAAAGCUUCCAAAAUAGCUCAUUUUAGAGCACUCGUCAUCUCAAUCCUGUGAAUUUCCUUUUUCUGUUGCCUGUAAAGUCUUUUAAGAGAUAAAGGUAAAAAUUCAUAUAUAAAUUCACCUCUUCUUCACUUCAUCAACCCACCACAACAUGGACUUCAGACUCUUUAUUCUUGCUCUUCUUCUGCUGCUACAGGCUUUUGCAGAAGCUUCAUCCAACAGCACUGGAGUGGCCAGUUUUCUUGAAAAUACAAAUGGAGGAAGUAAGAACGUGGAUCUGAAGAACCAAGAUUUCCAGUUGCACAAAAUCAAUUGCAAGUAUGAAUGUUCUAGAAGAUGCAGCAAAGCAUCAAAAAGAAAGAGAUGCAAAAGAGCAUGUAAGUCAUGUUGUCACAGAUGUCACUGCGUGCCACCUGGUACCUAUGGUAACAAAGAUCUUUGCCCUUGUUAUGCACGCCUCAAGACUCACGGAAAUAAGCCUAAGUGCCCUUAAUAUUAUUAUUAUUAUUAUUAUUUCCAUUCAUGUCUCUUUCUAUCUUCUCAAACCUAAGCGUAUCCUUUGUGUUGCGAGUGAACUUUGUAAUAAAAUAACUAUUUUGUUGUAUAACAAAGAGAGAUUGUGUAUCUGAUCUAGAGAGUGUUUUGUAUUAAAUGAUUAAUUUUCCGGAGUGAUUA